AUGCUUUCCCUGCGGAAUACGAUCGCCUAUACAAAUGGGCCAUCAAGCGAAAAGUGCGAAUCCUUAGAAAAGUCCCCACCAACUCAGCAGCCAGAACAGCCCCCUGACUGGCUUCACGAGAAUUUUGAGCCUAUCGAAACUGCUAGAAUAAUAUACCCCCUAUCCUCCCAGGCUGACGAGCUUGUGAUCAAGACCUUUCCCGUCAGUCGAGAUUUCACUGGAUACCACAAUCUCCAAUAUCUCGCUGAAAAUGUCCCCGACUUGCCAGUCCCCAAGCCUUAUGGUCUUAUUGUGCUCGGUAGUGUAGGUGUUAUGUUUAUGUCAUAUGUCCCAGGAACUGCCUUGAACCAGGUGUGGUCACUAUUAUCCCAUGAAGGAAAACUAUCAAUACAGAAACAGCUGGACAACAUAUUCUCUCGCCUCAGAAGCCUCCGCAAGGACGACGGAAUUGAACUUGGUGGUUCACGUGGCGAAGGAGUCAGAGACUAUCGCAUCAUGGAAACCCUUGCUUACAAAGGCAUAACCACGGCCAGGGGAUUUGACGAGCUGCAGUUCUCAGCAAAACAUCGCGCUAGCCUUUGCUACGUUAAGUUACUACGGUCUUUCUUGGAUGAGGAGAACAGAUCCCUCCAAGGAUCCGUAUUUACGCACGGCGCUUUGAAGAAAUGCAAUAUCAUGGUGGAAGAAGAUCCAGAGAAGGCCGAUUUCUACGUGGUCAGUGGGGUCAUUGACUGGGAAGAUAGCGGCUUCUACCCUGAGUACUACGAAUCCACAACAUUGUCCAAUGGACAGAGUAUUAUGUCUGACGAAGAUUGGUAUCUCUAUACACCACAUUGCAUCUCGCCUUUACGGUUCCCUGUACGCUGGCUAGUUGGCCGACUCUGGGGCAAUCUGUUAUGGAACUGGAGGACAGACAUUGUCCGAUAA